AUGCCUAGCAAGGACAAAGGCAAAAGCAAGGUCAAGGCCCCGGCCUCCAAGGCAGCUGCAAAACCUGCGCCAAAAGAAAAGAAAGGAAAAUCGAAGGAAAGUGUGGCCAAGAAUGCGAAGUCGAAACAAGCACCGCCGAGGGCAAGUGCGAGCAAAGAGAAGCGCGGAAAGAGUGCAGAUAAGAAGGCUUCAACUCCGACUAAGGAGAAGGAGGUGAAGAAGGACGGCAAGAAAGACGCAGGCAAGAAGGCACCAGCCACCGCUCGGCCGAAGGCCACAUUCCAGCCAACAACUUUUGAGAAAGUGCAAGAAAAGUCGUUUGACAAUACGCAGGGAUUGAACAUUGACAUGGAGGAGAUGCUGCGUCAAGAAGAAGAAGCCCUCUACAGGACGAAUCUGAAGGACAAGCUGAAGGAAGAAGCCGAGGAGGCCAAGCAAAAAGCCGCCGAUGCUCUCAAGCUGGGCACCUGCGAAUCACCGGCCAAGCCGGUGACCCCCCUUUCCGGAAAAUGCGUGAAGAAGAACGGAAAAGGUGGCGAGGAGGUCGUCUUCGUUUCGACGCGGAACAACGCCUACGUGCCAGAAGCAUUCGACCCGUUCGACCCGCGUUUUCUCAACAAGGACUCUGUGCUGAAGGUGGACAAGGAGAAGAUCAUAUGGAAGGACGGGGACACGCAAGUCAAGCUGACCCUCACCAACUCGUCGAAACAGAAGCGGGCAUUCAAGAUGCGAUGCUCGGAUAACUCGUAUUUCCGCAUGGAUCCGGUGUAUGGUUGUGUGGAGCCGAAGAAGACGGCGAACGUCGUCGUCACGCUCGCAAAAGCGUUGCCCGUUUUGCAGAAGAUCAAGGUGGAAUCGAUCGGCGUGAAUGAUGGAGACAGCCGCGAUGCGCGCGAGAUACUUCGGGUCGUUGAACCGUCCGCGUUGCAAUACACGCAUAUUGAGGUCCAUCCCCCGGCCACAUCAAAGCCACCGCCAAUCUCACCGGUGACGGCCCCAUCACCAGGCGGACUCGAUCUUCUCCCGAAGGCUCGCAUUUCGAACGACAAGUCCGGC